AUGAUUGACCCUGUCAAGGAUUCUAGCUUCGGUGGGAUUAGCUUGGUCGGGGUGAUUGGUUUCGUUGAGCUUGCUUUAGCAGUACUACUUGCUAUUUUUGAGCUAAUUGUGAUCUUCGAGCCAUCUGCCUUCAAUAAGUUUGCUGGCAUUAAAGUUUUUUCGAGCAUCGACGAGCUGUUCAACGAUGAUAGCGGCGACGAGCUGGUUGUCAUUGACGGGCUCACUGACAUGGACGAAGUGAAUGGCGUCGAUAGACUUAUUUUGCUGGAACGUAUCGGCGCUGUUGAACUGAUCGGCAUGGAAAAGCUCAUAGGCAUCAAUGGGCUUGCCCUGCUGGAGCUGGUAUUCUGCAAACUUCCUGGAGCCAUGAACCCCCUCACUAGCAUCGAUGAGUUGCUAGGCAUCGACGAGCUCACUGACAUUGUCGAGACAACUGAUGUCGAGGAACUAGGCCGCAUUGAUAAGCUCACUGGAGUUGACGCACUUGGUGGCUUUGACGAGCCCUCUGUCGUUGACGAGGUGACUGAUAUUGACGAGGCGACUGACGGCAAGGAGCCAACUACCAGUGAUGAGCUGACGUUGAUCAAUGGGCUAAGUACUUUCGCUAAGCUCACUGAUACUGGUGAGAUAAUUGGCGUUGAUGAGCUCCAUGAGCUUGGCGGUUUUACUGAGCUCCUCCAAGUUGAUGAGCUGGCUGAUAUUACGUGUAUGGGAAUCGACAAGUUGCCUGUCAUCAACGGGCUUAUCGGUUUCGCUGAGCCAACUGGCGUUGACGAGCUCGCAGUCACGGGGGGGUUGCUAGGUAUCAACGAGGUCACCGGUAUUGACGAGGUGGCUGACAUUGAGGAGGUGACUACCACCGAUGAGCCCACAGACAUCGAGAAGCUAAGUGCUGUUGUCGAGCUUCUUGACAUUGAUAAGCUGACUGAUGUUGAGACUCCUGGCAUCGGCGAGUUGCCAGUCAUCGACGAACUUGGCGGUUUUGCGGAGCUUACCGACAUCGAUGAGUUAACCAGUGCUGACAAGCUCACGGGUAUUGACGACACGACUGACAUUGAGAAGCUAACUAUCACUGAAGAGCUCACGGAUACUGAUGACUUAACUGGCAUGGAUGAGCUUGCUUUGCCGGAACUACUAGGUCUCCCUGAGUUGGCCUUUUGUGCGCUUUGUGGCGUCGUAGAGCCAGGUGUUUGGGGAUUCGAGGACAGCAAUCCGUUCAUUCGCGUAGAUGAGCUUGCUCCUGGCAUCAUAUACGAAUCAGACACCUGUGUGUGGGAGAGUCGGUUGGCACUCCGAGUCUCGGACGAACUGACUUGGCGUGACGGAACCGGCUUCUGGGAGCUCGUUGGACGUGUGAAGGAGCUUGAGGUUUGUGAGGGUUGUGAGCUGUUCGGCUGCAAUGGUGAACUGGAAGAGAUCGUAUUCAGAAUAAUUCUGCCAUUUGCCGGCUUCCCCAUAGCAGUGCUACUCCAGCUCGAUUCGGAAGCGCUCAUCAGUGACGCAAACGUCUCCAUGCUUGACCACGAUUCAUCAACUGUACGUGUCGACGUAGCACCACUUGAUACGCGCAACUCCAAUGAGCUCGCGGGUGGUGCCGAGGAGGCAGGUGCUUUCACACUGGAAGAUGGUUUUCUUGAAGGCCCCGCGGAUGAAGAAUCACGUUUUGAUGAUGCAGAAGCCGGGAGGCUGAGCUGCUGCGACAAAGUGGAUGACUUCGAAUAUAUAGGCUCAUAG